CCUUAUCAAAGAUUGCUUGCUGGCAUUCCGCAUCUCUUUGCUUGCGGCUGCCAAGUGGUUAGUGUUCUACUGCAAAGUUGAUGGGCACCAGGAAGCCUUUUAGGACCCAUGGCCCAGCAGUCGGUUGAUCAGCUGGCUAAGGCUCUAGUAGAUACCACACGACGGGAGGUGGUGUGGCCCAUGGUGUUCUCUGGGAUUAAAAACAUCGUGCGGACCAACAACCUCAACACGGAGACGUUGUCCUGCAUCAAGACCUGGCUGAAAACAAAUGACAGCCAGUUGCAUACGCCGUUGCUCAGCUUAACGGUUAUGCAUACUAUGUCGCUCAACUGCAGCCAGUUCGUGCGCAACCAGUUAGCUGCUCCUAAGCUGUUCCAGCGAUUGGAAAAGCAGCUAGCAAAGCCGCAGGGGCCCCAAGUCGCAACAGCAAUAGUCCAAGUCCUCGUUGAUUGGGCUCACCUCUAUGGGCAUGAGGAGCUGGGGGCGCGCAGCCGGGCGGUGUUGGCGCAGCCGCGGUACAGCCAGAUGGCUGUUGGCUACGCGCCCUCGCCCGCGGUCGUGAGCAUGGAGGAGGAGAUGCGGCUGGGGCUGCCGCCCGUGGCGCCCAUCCGCGGGGAGGACUUCAUCAGCUGGUUGUACCGGGGAGCCAGCCGGGACGGCUCUGCACGCGGCGCUGGUGGCGCUGCUGCUCCCGCCGCUGGCAGCCCCAGCCCCUCCGCACCUGGCGGGCAGCAGCAGCAGCAGCAGGGGUACGUACCCGGCGGGGCGCCGCCGCCCAUCACAUCACAGGAGGCUCCCCAGCUCUGCCGGCGCAUGCGGGCUGACGCCGAGCGGCUCACCUCCGCGCUGGCCGCCUGCCGCUCCGCCGCGGGUCGCAGCCAGCGGGUGGAGCAGCUGCUGGGGCCCAUGGACGCGGCGUACCGGGAGGCGGAGAGGUGCAGCCAGUGGAGGAGGAGGGUGCAGGAGUUUGCUGCCCGCCGCGCCGAUGACCCCGCCGCGCUGUCCUCGCUGCUGUCCGCCACCGACGUGAUCAACCAGGCGCUGCAGCUCUGGCAGGACUUCACGGGGCGGGAGGUGUUUGCGGCCAUGCGCAUCACCGUGCCGCCCAUGCCGCCGGAGCACCUGCAGCAGCAGCAGCAGCCGAACGGUGGUGCUGGAGGUAGCGGUGCAGCAGCAGGAGGAGGCGGAGGAGGAGGAGCAGCAACCCUAGCGCUAGACGAGCUCUUCAACCAUGUGGCUCCGGCGGCAUCGCAGCAGCAGCAGCCGGUAGCAGUGGCUGUGGUAGCGGCGGGGGCUGCAGGCGGCUUUCCGGCUCCUAGCACGAACCCCUUUGCUGCGCCGCCUCCUCCAUCUGCCUCAUCAGGGAGCGCAGCUGCGGGUGCUGCUGCGGCGGCGGUGGUUUCCGGACCUCCUCACAGCGGGUCCCUGCCCCCCCGGGGGCAAUCCUCGGCACACACGCACACCCAACCCCACCACCAGGCGAACCCGAGCUUCUCUGAGUGGGACCCCUUCGCCAUGCCUGCGCCCCAACGGCAGCCGCCGGCAGCGACAGCGGCAGGGACAGCCGCCGCGGCCAACGGCACAGCAGCACCCACAGCCCCGGCCGCCACGGCUGCAGCUGCUAACACGGGUUGGACCCACUUUUCAUCCGAUACCGGUAACCCACCAACCGCCUUGCAAGCAACUGGCUCCUCGAGAUCACCCAGUCCUGCGCCGUACAGCCCCGGCCAAUCCUCGCCUCAAACCCGAAGCGGCGGUGUGCAGCACUCACCCUCUGCCACCGCUAACUCCUCGACCUCCGUCACCUCCACACCCAAUGGCCUCGCUUCUGCACGUGCCGUACCAUCCCCUGCGAAUGCCACGACGCCGCAACACCCCACCGCCGCCUCCAGCUCCUACCAGGCACCCGCAGGCACCUCCACGGCAUCCGCAUCGCAUGCACAUGCAUCCGGGUCCAGUAGACCCGACAGCAGCAAACACGCAGCAGCACCAGCACCAGUACAUGCGAACGGCAGCGGCAGUAGCAAUGCGAACACAACGCUUGACUGGAUGCCUCUAUUCGAGCGGUUAGCCUCAGACUUGCGAACCCUAUCGUCAUCGACAUCGUCCUCAUCAGGGACGGCUGCUCCUGACGCUACCGCCGCCGCCGCCGGGCCGCCGCUAGCGGCGGUGCUGCCACGGGUACGACAGCUCUGCGAGGCCUUGGCUGAGCAGCACAGCGCCCGAGUAGCCGAGCUGACGGCGGCACAUGCAGCUGAGUUGCGGGACGCGCGGAUGCAGGCGGCGUUGAUGGCGAAUGUACGGCAGGUGACGUCAUCGCCAUCCUCAUCGUCAUCGACGUUGGCGGGAGCGGGCGGUACGGGAAAUACAGCUGGGAAGAAUGGCGGAGGUUCAGGGGUGCCCAUGGCUGCAGCAGCCGCAGCAGGUGGUGGUGGGAGUGCGCAUGCGAGGUCCUUGCAUGGUAGUGGUGCUGGGGUUGCUAAUGGGUUCUCCCCACCGCCGCAGCACUUGCAGUCACAACCUGCGAUUUUGGGUGCGGGGCAGCUGGGUCCUUUGCAAGCGGGCCUGCAGCUGCACCAGCAGCCACCGCCGCUGCCGCCGUUGUUCCAGGGGGCCCCUCAGCUGCAGAGUAGCAUGGCGGCAUUGAGCCUGUCGGGGAGUAAACAGGCCAGCGCCAAUGGCAAAGGCAGCAACAGCAGCAGUGCAGCGCCAGCGGACUUCUCCUUGAUCUAGUAAACAGGUGUUGAUCUAGUAAACAGGUGUUGUGCACGACGGAGUCUUCGGCCUCGGUGGAUGCAUGCUGGACCCAGAGGGGUAUAUGCAAUUGAGAAGGGUUCCUCUCGGUGCAGUGUUGUUGCUGCUGCUGUAUGAUGAUUAGGGCUGUAGGGGGAGGAUAGGGCAGCACGUUUCGCAUGGUUGCAUCGCCGCCUUUGGAGCCCAUCGUGUACAUGAUAUUUAUUCUUUCUUAAACGUGCAGUGCGUUUUUGUAGGGGUUCUGCAUUGUGGCUUAAUCCAGUGCUCCAGAGUAACGAAUAACAGACGUCGGGUGCGUAGGAAGUUAGGGUCAGACAAGUUAGGGUUGUAGAAACGGCGAAUUGGGCUCAAGGCUUACGUGAUCAGCCUACAAAUUUGGAUAAGCGGGCGCCAGGUAGGCAGUUACAAUAGUGCACUACGCGCUAGGGUGUUUUGAUGGAGAGGCAGCUGUGCUGCAAGCUAUCUGCAUGCAAUUGUUUCAUCAGUCACGCUCGGCAACAGGCCCUUGGUUGCUGGUACUUGGGACCAUGUGUUUGGCUUGGCCGGAUGCAGGAGUGUAUCAAUCAGUGCAUGCAUCAAAUGGAUCGCGACAAGUUUCUUGCUUGGUAGUAUAUUUUCUAAUUGGAGUUCGGUAAAGAUAGGGAAGAGUCCUUACUUGGCCCGGCAAGCUUGGCCA